ACAACCACGAAACCAAGACAUCAAAUAUGGCCCAAUUUAACUGAGUUUUGAAAAUUUGCCACUCUCUAUAUUGUGCCCGUCUCUUCUGCUUCAAUGGCUUCCUCUUUCUCACUUCAUCAACAUAUCUAUUGUUUAUCUCCAACUCCUACUACUCUUGGUUUCACCAAAUGUCCGCUUCACAUCUUCACUCUUUUUCCUACACCAUCUUCUCGCAACAAUUUCCUCGAAUUCGAUUCUCGUAGAAGAAGAGUGCCAUUUGCUGUUACAGAAUCAGAUUCCUCUAAAUCUCUCGAACCAGAUCCUCAAAUUCUUCUGCAAGACGUUGCCGACAGUUUUGUGCUACCUGCAGAUUAUUUUUCCCAGCUUCCUCGUGAUCUUCGCUUAGAUCUGAACGAUGCAGCAUUUGAUCUUUCAAAUGGGCCAAUUAAAGAUGAGUGUGGUGAGGAGGUGGGAGAGACAUUAUUAAAUAUAAGCCGAGCAUGGGAACGGGCUGAUACAUCAACAUCCACAGCUUUAGUGAACAGGCUGCCUCUAUUGGUUGGCUCAUUGUCAGGCUAUCAAAAAUCAGCACUUGGAAGGCGCUUGUUAUCAGCUGGAAGAAGGUUCCAGUCCAUGGGACAAUAUGGAGAAGGUGAAGUACAGAAGAUUGCUAAAGUAAUGAUAAAGACUGGGAGGCUAUUGUCUGCAAGUCCAGUAUCUGGGAUUACUGGUGAAGAACCUAAGCAGCAAACCAGGACAUUUAAGUUUGGGGAGCUUCAGGUUGAAUUGACCCCAGGAAAAGCCUACGUUGGAGCUGGCAUUGCAUUUAUCUUUGGUUUACUUUCUUGGAAAUUAAGUCAAGGCGUAGAGAGCAUACAAGAGAGCUCCUUACAGUAUGCAAAUGACAAUGCUUUGUUGCUUGCUAAGUCCCUGCGAGGAGUUCUGCUUGUAAUGUCCUAUUCAUCAACCAUUUUAUCUGCUUUUUCAACUGUGGGACUUAUCUUGCUUGGGGGCCAACUUAAGUCGGAAAAUAAGUGAAAAGUGGGAUGCUUCCAUAUGCCAGCUUCAAUGCCACAUCACAAAUUAAGACAAUUUGUUUGUUUGGUGUUGUCUCUCCUUUUAACAUCAAGAGUGUUGGCACUUUAUCUUAUGCCAUUACACAAGACAUGCUUUUCCCAUGAUCGAAGAAUUGUUUCUUCAAAGGUAAAGUGCGAUCAAGAAUCAAGUAAUGUUACAGCUUUUGCCUCUUUGCAUGUGGCAUACAGUUGGGCUAUUAGAGGUCUUUCCACGAUCAUUUUAGCCUCCAUCUCUAGCAGCUUCCGUAUAUUAGGAUACCCCUUUAUUGACUGGAAUGUGAUAUGUGUAUGCCUAGUUUCUUCUUGUUCCAUAUUGUUGGCCAUGCAUUUUCCCUUCCAAAGCUUCUGACUUUGUGUAAUCAGUGAGACACCAAAGAAUUGCAGAGCUGAUGAGCUUUUUUAGUAAGAAGACCACUUAGUGAUA